CAAGGUCAAUCAGGUAUACGCCUUCGAGUCGUGUUCUUGUCCUCGAGCAUCUCACAUCAUGGACACUGAAUUACAGUGGUCAGGACAGUUCGUCGCAUCUUCAGCGACCAAUCUGAGCGGCGACAAGAUCGUCUUGCCUCAAACAGCACUCGAACAAUUACUAUCCGCUGCUUCAACAGCCGCUGCCGCCACAUCACAACCCUCGAACGACUUCAAUACCUACUCGUCGUAUUACGCCGGCUCCCAAAGACCAUCACACCGCUCCGAAGAACAAAAGAACCAAUUACCACAUCCGUUGACCUUCCGUCUGGUCAACGCAAACAAUGGACGGAUCGUAUAUGCAGGCAUCCGCGAGUUCUCGGCCGAGGAAGGAUGCGCUACCCUGAGUACUUUUCUCUGGCAAGCGCUAGAUCUGAAAGAAGAAGGAGCACAAGUCACAAUUCAUGCGCGACAAAUACCCAAAGGCACUUUUGUCAAGCUACGCCCGCUAGAGGCUGGCUACGACCCUGAUGACUGGAAGGCCUUGCUAGAACAACAUCUACGCACCAACUAUACCACUUUGACUCGCGGAGAAGUGCUAGUCGUACCUGGUCCUGCGAGAGAAGAGUUCCGCUUCCUGGUCGACUCUUUCCAGCCCGAGUCAGAUGCUGUUUGUGUCGUUGAUACAGAUCUCGAGGUUGACAUCGAGGCCCUCAACGAAGAGCAGGCAAGGGAAACUUUGGCAAAGAUUGCGCAAAAGAUACAGAGCAAUCGAGACGGAGGCUCGAGUUCUGCCGGCGGAGACUUGGACGUUUUUAAAGUACAACAGGGUCAGAUUGCGCCAGGGGAUUACAUUGACUAUCAGCUACCUUCAUGGCCAAGAUCACAAGCGUUAGAGGUCGAGGUUGAAGGUGCUGAAACUGACGAUGAUAUCGAUCUCUUGAUCUCGCCCUUCUCAGCACGACAACGGAAUCGACCGCGCCUCGACGAACACGUCUUUGGUGACUUCAGUGGCCAUCCGACCAAAAGGAUACGUCUCGAACCAUCGAACGUCGAGCUUGAAGACGCAGAAGCAUUGUGGAUCUCGGUUCAUGCCUUUCGCCAUGGGAACGACCAAAGUUCCGCCGAACCUCGUCCAUUCACGUUGCGAAUCCGCUCCGGCGAUUUGAGAACUACCCAGUUGAGUACAGCCUCCGAACAACCUCCAAACCCGGAAGAUGUACGAUGCAAAAACUGUGGUCAGUGGGUCCCUCAACGAACACUGAUGUUGCAUGAGAACUUCUGUCUACGCAAUAACAUUCUUUGUCCGCAAGGAUGUGGCCAAGUUUUCCAGAAGCGCUCUCCCGCGUUCGAGAAUCACUGGCAUUGUCCUCACGACACUUUCUACGGCAACACCACCUCUUCCCAGCAGAAACAUAAUCAUCUCUACCACCCCGAAUCACAAUUCACAUGCCCAUCAUGCAGUACAACCUCAACUUUCACGUCUCUCCCGCAACUCGCUCGUCACAGAACUUCCGUAUGUCCAGCGAAGACUAUCUUGUGUCGCUUCUGCCACCUUUCAGUACCACAAGAAGGUGACCCGGAUGUGCCCAAUGCCGAAGCUUUGCUCUCAGGCCUCACACCACAUGAACUUGCAGACGGAAGCCGAACAACAGAAUGUCACUUGUGUUCUCGAAUCGUCCGUCUUCGAGACAUGGAGACUCAUCUUAAGCAUCACGAUCUGACUCGCAAAUCACGUCCGGCACCUAGGAUAUGUCGCAACGCCAAUUGCGGUAGAACGCUUGAUGGCACUUCUCACGAUGGUAAUACCAGGGCUCAGCCAAGAGACACUGGCAACGACAUUGGCUUAUGCGCAGCGUGCUUCGGUCCACUAUAUGUUAGUACCUACGAUCCAGAGAACAAGGCCUUGAAGCGCAGAAUUGAGCGACGCUACCUCACCCAACUCCUCACUGGUUGUGGAAAGUCCUGGUGCCGCAACACGUUCUGCAAGACCGGAAGAACGAAUACUGGCGAAGGCGGGGCUGUGACCACAAAAGAUGCUUUGCCAAUGAUCAAGCCAUUUGUCGAUGCCGUAGUCUCUGCAGAAACCAAGCCAUUGCACUUUUGCGUCGACGAGGCUAGCCAAACUAGAAGAGCUCUGGCCGAGAUGUUGAAGGAGGAACACGGCAUGAAGGGAGAAACAUAUUCACUACCCUGGUGCAUAGGUGCUUUGGAAGCAGAGACUGGGCAGCUAGACAAGGCAAGAGAAUGGCUAGGCAAUUGGGCACCCACGAGGUUGGAAGAAGGGUCGUGAUGCUAGUCGAUAUAGCCAUGGUACGAUGAUAACAUAGACGAG